GUCGUAAAAAAAGCGGCGGCGCCAUGCGGCGGGGUGCGGUAGUAGUCUCCGUGCUGUGCUUGGGCGCCGCCUGGCUGCUGGGCCGCGGGUUCGAUCCCCGCUCCUGGCUGCAGCCCCGCAGCCGCCUGCUGAGCGCCGCCGAGUUAGGGCGGUACCGCGGGGCGCCGGGGGACCCCGGCCUCUACCUCGCUCUUCUGGGCCGCGUCUUCGAUGUGCAGCCCGGCCGCAAGCACUAUGGCCCCGGCGGGGCCUACAGCGGCCUAGCAGGAAGAGAUGCCACCAGAGCGUUUGCCACUGGAGACUUCACCCCGUCAGGCCUGGUGGACGAUGUGUCUGCGCUGUCGCCGGCUGAGAUGCUCACCAUCCAGAGCUGGCUGUCCUUCUACAGCACCAACUAUGCCUGUGUGGGGAAGCUGGUGGGCAGAUUCUAUGAUGAAAAUGGGGCACCGACAGAGGCCUUAAGGCAGGCUGAAGCUGCCAUUGAGGAAGGGCUGAAGUUCAAAGCAGAAAGCGAUCAGUGGAAGGAGCGGUUUCCACCCUGCAACUCUGAGUGGAGCUCUGCCAAGGGCAGCCGAUUCUGGUGCUCCAGGCAGAGUGGGGGAGUGAACAGAGACUGGACUGGUGUGCCCCGGAAGCUGUACAGGCCUGGCUUGAGGGGAAGCCACUGCGUGUGUGUGAGAACCAACGGCCCCCCGUGGGGCCAGCAGGGCUCAGCCCAGCACAGCGACAGAGGUGACCUGGAUAACCCCCACCUGCAGGAAUACGACGGCUGCCACCCGCGGGCUGAGCAGUGCAUCCUCAGCACGUGACACUGAUCUGAGGGAGCCAGAAGGGCUGCAGUGAAACACUGUGCUUAGGUGGGCGAUUCCAGCUCCGUUCCCUCCCAUCUGUCUGUGCAAAGGGAGCGAUGGCAAUUUCAUGUUCUGUGACUUUUAACACGUGGAGAUGGAGGUGGGAAAAGAGAAACACUUGAACCAGGUGAUAAUUACUGGCUAAAAAACUGGCACUUUUUCUUAGUGCUUUUUUCCUCACAGUAUUUUUACAUCUGGUGACAAACUGUAAGAUGCACAGCCUGAGCUAUGCUUAAAAAUGUAUUUCUUGUACAGUCAGGAAAUAGAUGUUUGUGUGCACAGUGGUGAGCAUAAUGUGUUGUGCUUUAAGGCAGCAAGCAAGAAUUGCAGCAGCGUCACUGACUUCAGUUUAUGCACAGUCCUCCAUUGUCACCUGAAGUCUGCUUACUGCUGCUGCCCCUUCCCUGACAACUGCUUUGCUCUGAAGAACGUGAAGGCAGCAGGGAGAAGCCUGACUCUCUCCUACAAUUGCAGUAUGUAGCAUCCAGGAACUUGUGCAGCUCAUACACAAGCUCUGCUUAUCAGAUCCAUGGAAUCCAGAAGGCAAAGGUCAGAGCUGCAUUUCCUCAUUUCAUGUUUGUAUUAGAUACUGAGCAAGGAAGAUAGUGGAUGCCACCUAUGAGGAUUGCUGCUUAAAGUUGACCUCACCAUCCUUGUUUGGUGAUUCACUACUUUAAAGCUACCCAGCCCUGCAGUUUGAACUAGGUGAUAAUAAAAUCUACAUACAGUAUGACCA